AUGGCUACGCGUAACGCCAUAAGUCUCGUCCAAAAAUCAAAGACUUCAGCCCCAGAGUUCCUACAGCUACGAUGUCACAUCCGACCAGGCGCUAGUAAAGUGCGAGAGGGAGUUGCCGCCGUUACAGACGAGUGCAUCGAGAUGUGUGUAUCAGCUCCACCACAAGACGGGAAGGCGAAUAAAGCUGUAGUUGAGAUCCUGAGUGAGAUCCUAGGCGUCCCAAAAUCAGACUUACAAAUCACACACGGGAUGAAGAACAGAGACAAGACCAUCAGCAUCGCCAGCGCCUGCUUCCGGCGCGGGAAGGACAUAGAAGGUAGCGAAGACAUAAUAGCCAUGGUCAGAGAGAAGCUUCUCAGUCAAGAGUCAUCAUAACCAACACCACCACGAUAGCAGCGUUAAAAAGAUGAUAUUCGCUACCAUUCAUUA